AUGGAGGCCGUCAGCGUAGCCAACGACUCACUGGACGAGCUCCACUUCCUGUCCACGUCCGACGAUGACCUCGGCCAAGUGGGUUACCGUGACUACGACCCAGAUGCCAGCGCCGUGCCGCCGACGCUGUCGUCCGAGGGAUUGAAUUUUCCAGAGGACCCCAUCAGGCUGCUGAGUGUGCAGGUGGUGUUGAUCCUGGCCUACAGCACCAUCAUCGUGCUGGGGGUUCUGGGUAACUCUCUGGUUAUCUACGUCAUCUACCGCUUCAAGACGCUCCGCACCGUCACUAACUUCUUCAUCGCUAACCUGGCUGUCGCCGACCUCCUGGUCAACACGCUGUGCCUCCCCUUCACCCUGGUCUACACGCUGCAGGGGGAGUGGCAGCUGGGCAGCACCCUCUGCUUCCUGGUGCCCUACGCCCAGGGGCUCACCGUGCACGUGUCCACCGUGACGCUCAACGUCAUCGCUCUGGACCGACACAGGUGUAUUGUGUACCACCUGGAGACCAGGAUGCGUAAGGACGUGUGUUUCGGUGUGAUAGCGUUGACGUGGGUGCUGAGCGCCGUGCUGGCCAGUCCGCUGGCCAUCUUCAGAGAGUACAGCUACUUCACUGUGGAGCCUGGACACAGCAUACCGGUGUGCAUGGAGAAGUGGCCCGGCAAAAGCACCGACGGCACCGUGUACAGCAUCUCCAUGGUGAUCCUGCAGUACUUCCUGCCGCUGUCAAUCAUCUCCUUCGCCUACGCCCGCAUCUGGUCCAAGCUGCGCGCCCACGUCAGCCCGGCGGAGGCCUGCAACAACAGCAAGGCCGGCUCGGACCGCCACCGCCGCCGCCGCAAGACCACCAAGAUGCUGGUGACCAUGGUGGUGGUGUUCGCCGUCAGCUGGCUGCCGCUCCACGCCUUCCAGCUCGCCACCGACCUCUACAGCACGGUGCUGGACAUGCGCGACUACCGCCUGCUCUACACCGUCUUCCACGUGAUCGCCAUGUGCUCCACCUUCGCCAACCCGCUGCUGUACGGCUGGAUGAACAGCAACUACCGCGCCGCCUUCCUCGCCGUCUUCAAGUGUCACCGGGGGGGGGAGCGAGGGAGGGGCGGCCGGCUGGACAGCAUUCACCCCGCCGGGGGGGCGGGGGGAGGAGGAGGAGGAGGAGGAGGAGGAGGAGGAGGAGGGAGGGCGAAGAAGAUAGUGCUGGAGACCGAGGAGGUGGCGCCGACCCACCUGAGCGCCACGGACGUGUGA